CUUUUUUAUUUUAAGACAUUUCCAUUUUGCAUAAUUACCUGAACUCAUAAAAUCCUUAUUUUAUUCAAACAAGCGUGUUGUGUUGUGUGUUGUUGUGUUGUUGUGUUCUUCCUCUGCUCUUAACUCAUUGACCAAACUUUCACAUAACAAUCUCUCCUCUUCUUCUUCACUUUAUUCUUUCGUUUUAUUGUUCGAAACAGCACCUCCCGAACUCUUCCCCCUCGAUUAUGUCGAUUUCUAGAUCUGGGGGACAUUUCAGCUGCCAUUGGCCAGUUGUGGUAUAGGAUUGAAGCUUACGAUCGGGGGAAGGUCUGGACCGGAUUAUGAAUAUGCAUCAGGCAGAGUUUGUGCCUGAAGUUACCAUUUCUGAUAUGCUAUCUCUUUGUUGCAAAAAAUGAAUAUCAAAUGUAUCAACCAAAGAGUGUUCCUAGUUCAAGUUUAGCCCGCAGCAACUCGUUAGUUCAUGGUCAGCAUUUAGACUGUGGUUCCAGCCAGAUGGACCCCAUGAAUGGAGGGAACAGUCUCAACAACAACCCUAGUCUUGCCUCAAAGCAACGAUUGCGUUGGACACAUGAACUUCACGAACGCUUUGUUGAUGCUGUUGCACAACUUGGUGGGCCAGAUCGGGCUACACCCAAAGGUGUUCUGAGAGUGAUGGGUGUUCAAGGUUUAACGAUAUACCAUGUCAAAAGCCAUUUACAGAAAUAUCGACUUGCAAAAUACCUUCCUGACUCGUCAUCUGAUGGGAAAAAAGCUGACAAGAAAGAAACGGGGGAUGUGCUUUCCAAUUUGGAUGGUUCAUCUGGGAUGCAAAUUACGGAGGCACUUAAGCUGCAGAUGGAGGUGCAAAAGCGACUGCAUGAACAACUGGAGGUGCAAAGACAGCUGCAGUUAAGGAUAGAAGCCCAGGGUAAGUACUUGAAGAAGAUAAUUGAAGAGCAGCAACGACUUAGUGGAGUUCUUUCAGACGUGCCUGGUACUGGUACUGGAGUCUCAGCCCCAGUAUCAGGUGACAAUGGCCCAGAAUCUGACAAGAAGACAGACCCGGCAACCCCUGCUCCAACUUCAGAAUCCCCGCUCCAGGACAAGGCUUCCAAGGAAUGUGCCCCAUCCAAGAGCCUUUCUGUUGACGAGUCUUUCUCAUCUCAGCAUGAGCCAUUGACCCCAGAUUCUGGCUGCAAUGGUGGUUCCCCAUCUGACAGCCCUAAAGGCAAGAGAUCAAUGAAGAAGCAACGAGUCGACAUGGGAACAGCAUAUUCUAAAGCAGAGAUGGUGCUUACACAUACGAUAUUGGAGUCGAGCUUAAGCUCCUCCUAUCAGCAGCCACACUCUCUUUUCCUGAAUAGUGAGCAGUUUGAUCCAUCAUCUGGUAUAUCAAUUGGGAAGGAAGAUCAUCUAGAGGUUUCUGGAAGUGACCUGUAAUUUUAUGUGCUACAUGGGUCUGUACUUAUAGAACUACUACUUCAUGUUUAUGUGUUUCUGGGAAGAAAAUAUUUCGAAUUAGGUCAAACAACUUUGUUAAGUUAGGUGUAUCAGAGAUUAUUAGUUUCAAGAGUAGCUGCCCUUUCGUUCUGAUUUA